AUGGCAAAAGGUGUGGAUACAGAUGAAUUAUCUCAAGUCAUGAAUUCUGACUCUAUUUGCAACUUGAUGGAAGACAAACGGCUUCUUCGAAACCAGCCUAAAGAGCCUUAUGACAUUGAGUCAAGAGACUAUGGAAGAACAUGUAGUGUUUGCAACUCAAAUAUAAUAUCACCAAGAGUUCUUCCAUCUUCAUAUUAUUAUCCCUCUAUGUACAUAUGUAACAGCAGUGAUUGGGACAUUUGUGAGGAACUACGCCUUCGAGAGCUUGAAGAAGCUAAGGCAAGGGCAGCACAAAUGGAGAAGACCAUGCGUUGGUGGUCAGACUGUACUGCCAACUGGCGGGAGAAAUGGAGCAAAGUUAGAGCUGAAAGAAAUAAAGCUUUUGAGGAGGGGAGGCAACUGAAGCUCAAACUUGAAGGAUUAAUGAAGGACCUCAAUGUCCUGAAAAAAAUAAACCAAGGUUUAGUUAGUAGAAAUGAAGAAAUGGAAGCUAAAACUACUUGGAAAAAGAAUUUUGGUUCUUCUGAAAUGUGCUGGAUGAAAGAGGACCAUUUAGGAAAUCUGGAGAAGGAGCCUAUUAAACAUCUACAGAACAACAUUUUGGAGGUAGAAAGUGGCUGUCAGGAAGUGUGUGCAACUUUAGAUCAUCAUGAAAUGAGAAUCAAUCCAGAAAUUAUUGAUUGUGAAGACAAAUCUACUCCAGUUUUAAUGGGGAAAAGCAAAGAUAAGCCAGCCCUUUCUCAUGAUGAUGAAAUAAUUCCUAUAUCAGUGUUCUGUUUGCAUCUCUAUGAAUCACAGAAAAUCUUGCAAAAGGAAAAGAAGAUCCGCUCAUCUCUGGAAAAAGAGAUUGAGAAGGUGAGGUCAGAAAAAUCUCUGUGGAAAUUGAAAUACGAGGAACUGAGAAAGAGCAUGCAGGGAUCAUUAAAGCAGUUUACUGUACAUAAAGAUUUGCAUCAGACUGAGGUGGAAACAACUGUGGAAGAUUUAGAGGAUGCCACUGGAGCCAGGUGCCAAAAGGAUAUAAAGAUCUGGGAGCUACAAGCACAGCUUGAGCGACUACAGUCUGAAAGUGAAUCAGAGUGGGAAAGAAGGAAAAUCCUUGAAACAGAAAAGCAAGAGCUAGACAGAGAGAACGGAAGGCUGAAGACCAAACUGAAAGAUCUGCAAGAUCUUCUUGACAGAAAAAGCAUAAUCCCUGCAGUUCACUUGUGUGGAGAUCUCAUGAACUCGCACGGUGAACCACUACAGGAAAAUACGUCCCAGAACUUUGAGAAUGGAGGCAGAAUGGCAGAUAUACUGCACAAUAUCAUGGACUAUUGA